AUGCGUCAAUUGGCCAGAAGUGGCGGUUGCGAUUGUCCGGUGGACGAUGAGGACGGCGGCGGAGACGAAGAGGAGGAGGAGGAGGAGGCGCGCGCAUCCAGUUUGGGUGCGGAAGUGCGACACGUCAAACUGCCGGAGAUGAAGCUGUGGACGUUGUGCGUGUGCGUGUGCGUGUGCGCGCUGGUGCCGGCGUGCGCGUACUGCGAAAUGUUCACGUCGCUGCUGGACGUCCGGCAGGCCAUCGGCGCGGAGAGGAAGCUCAUCGGACACUUGAGGACCUACAUCCACGCGGAGUGGGACAGGCUGCAAGACAUCAGGCGGUUUUAUGCCAAAGUGUCGAGGGUGCACAACGGGCCGAACGGAGGCCCGUCCGACGGCGUGGCGAACCCGCUGCUGGCCUUCACGCUCAUCAAGCGGCUGCACGCAGACUGGCUCAACGUCGUCUACAGCGACCGGGCGUCGGACAACGCGCGAGCCCUCAGGUGGAGUUUGGAGCAGGAAGAAGACAACUUGCCCAAAGGGGAGGACGUGCGGGGGGCGGCCCGGGGCCUGAUGAGGCUGCAGGACGUCUACGCGCUCCACGUGGGCAGCCUGGCCGCCGGGCGCUUCCGGCGGCCCAGCGGAGGCCGGCUGGUGGACGUCUACACGCCGGCCGCCGUCGCGCCGCUGUCUGCCGACGACUGCCUUCUGCUGGGGAAGGUGGCCUACGAUCAGGGGGACUACUACCACUCGGUGCCGUGGCUGCGGGAGUCCGUGGAGCUCUUCAGGCGUUCGGGAGGCCGCCGGAGCCCCGAGAACGGAGGCACUCUGGAGGACGCGCUGGACCACCUGGCCUUCUCGCACUUCCAAACCGGAAACAUCUCCCGCGCUCUCAGCCUGUCUCAGGAGCUGCUGCGUCACGAUCCGACGAACGGAAGGGUUUCGCAGAACGUGGCGAAGUACGAGAAGCUGCUGGCGGCGAGGGCGCCCGCGUCGCCGGGCAGACCCGCCGGCAAAUAUCGGAGGACGCGGGACGCCUACGAGAGACUUUGCCAGACGCCGGGACCGCAGCCGACGCGGGCGGACGACGGCCGAUUGUUCUGCGACUAUUUCACCAACGGGAGCCCGGCGCUGCGGCUGCUGCCCGCCAGACGCGAAGUGCUGAGUCUGCGUCCUCGCGUGGUCCUCUACCACGACUUCGUCACCGAGCGCGAGUCCGAAAGUAUCAAGAACCUGGCGCGGACCGGCUUGAGAAGAUCGGUGGUGGCAGCGGGAGAGAAACAAGCGACGGCAGAUUAUCGCAUCAGCAAGAGCGCGUGGCUGAAGGACUCGGCGCACGCCGCCGUCGGCGAGCUGGACCGGAGGAUCGCCACGGUUACGGGCCUGGACGUGACGCACCCGUUUGGCGAGCACCUCCAAGUGGUCAAUUACGGCAUCGGCGGCCAUUACGAGCCUCACUUUGAUCACGCCACGUCGCCGUCCAGUCCCGUGUUCCGGCUGAACACGGGCAAUCGGGUGGCCACCUUCAUGAUAUACCUCAGCUCUGUGGAGGCGGGCGGCUCCACGGCGUUCAUCUACGGCAACUUCAGCGUUCCCGUGGUGAAGAACUCUGCCGUCUUCUGGUGGAAUCUGCACCGAAACGGCGGCGGGGACGACGACACGCUGCAUGCUGGCUGUCCUGUGCUCGUCGGAGACAAAUGGGUGGCCAACAAGUGGAUCCACGAGUACGGCCAAGAGUUCCGCCGCGGCUGCGGCCUGAAUCGUGAGGAGUGAGGAGGCAGGCGCCAGCGUUUACGCCGGGACCGUCGCGGUCGCGAGGCGCGCGCGCAGGCUGCGCGCAACGAGGCCGAACCGGAAGGCGCGUAACGACCCGCUUUGAGGAUCGGGCGUCCGAGUGGACCUCCGGAGACCGAGUGCUGGACGGGCCAGUUGCCGCAGAUGGACUCGAAGCGGACGACGCUGCCGGUUUCACUUAGUAGACGCUUUGCCCGCAGCGAGA